UUGGCCCAGUACGAGCAGGGAGGUGAAGAGUCAUACAGCUGGGGAUCCACCACGUAUGCGACUCUUGCAACAUCCGCAGGCCGAUCACCGCCGGUGCAGACCACCAAUCCGUACGGGCUUCCACAAGACGAUGGACAAUGGCCCUCUACCAGCUACGCCCAUAUGGUAGCAACACCAGUAGUGCCACGACCGCAAGCGGCGGUAGAGCCUGCAGACCAGGAGAAAGCUAGAUACCCGCCCAUAGUGGCUGAAUGCCUCCUAGAUUGGACGAGGCAUUUUAAGGAGCUCAACAGAAAGUUGGGCCACCCUCCAAAUGCCCGUCCGUUCGGGAAAGGAGUACGUUUUACCCCGCAGAGCGCCGACGAGUUCUGUACCAUCCAACGGUACAUGGUCGAGCUCUCAAAGGAGAUACCAUCAUUGACGUGGUACUGCUAUACCCCGGAGGAGGAUAAGCCCACUAAAGUGGGCAUCCGGGGACUACCAAUGGGCACGGACACCAAAACGAUAGAGGAGGCUAUCAGGGCAAAAGGCUUCAAAUAUGUCAAGGCAAUUCCACCACGUAGGGGCAGACCUGGAUGCCUCUACUUUGCCCAAUUGGACCACCUGAGCCUGGAGCAGCUCCAGGAUCUUUAUAAAACCGUCGAGCUGCUCUACAUGAGAGGGGUCGUCAUCAAGGCCUGGCGGAGGAAAGCAGGACCAGCACAAUGCCACCGCUGCCAGGCUUUCGGGCACGCCUCCGCCAACUGCUUCAGGUCAGUGAAGUGCGUACGCUGUGCCGGGGAGCACAUCGCAAGCCUUUGCCCUCGGGAUAGGGAGGAAGAACUGAAGUGUGCCAACUGUGGCAAAAACCACACGGCAAACGAUCGCCGCUGCCCAGUCCUGAGGAGGACUGCUAGGAGGCAGGGGAUCACCUUGCCGGGACUAGUCCCGGAGGACCCGAAAAAGAUCCCUCAGAGUCGCGCAAGAGCGGUAACCAUCCAAGAGGACGGGUGGGCUACCGUAACAGGGAAGGAGCGGCAGACCUCAAGAAGGAGGAAGCGGACGAGGAGUAAAAAGAAGUCGCAGACUCCUCAGGCUGUUACUUCUACCCCGACACCAGUAGGACCGGUAGCCUCACAGGCGCAGUUUACUAGCGAAGCACCAAAGAAGAGCGUGGGUAGAGUGCCAGAAAGGGCUCAAUCAGAAAAUAUAGCCCGCUCUACCCAGAAGCAAAGAUUGCAUAAUCAAGACCAACGCCCGAGACCAGUCCCAACUUCUUCAGAAAGGAGAACAUCUAUAGCCGGCUUCGAGACAGCAGCCAUCCAACGUUUGGUUGGCAUUGCCAUCGAGGUCGGCAGUCAAGUCCUGGCCGAUAUAAGAGCCGGGACAGAUCCCAUUACAGUGGUUAUGAAGGCGCUGGCAAACCUCCUGGCCCGGCAUUAUAGAGGAGAGAGGGACGAGGUCACUUCUCAAGGGGCCGCCUAUAGAGGGACGGCGGUUCUAGUGAGGAGGGACAUCGUCCAUCAAGAGCUGGAAUUACCUGUAUACCAAACAAUGCGCUCUAUCGGUAUAAAAAUGGAGGCGGCGGGCGAGGAACUAAGGAUCUACGCAGCAUACCGCCCGCCAGGGACUCCAUUCUGCUCCUCAGACGUCCGGACGGUAAUGGAAGGCGAAACACCUACCAUCAUCGCCGGGGACCUAAACGCCAAACACCCGGCGUGGGGAUCCAGAGUGAUCAACCCGCCGGGUCAUGAACUUUAUGAAGAUGCGGAGAGGUACAGCUACGACGUUUUAGGUCCCGAAGAACCUACACACGUUCCGACAGACCCACGGAAACGUCCGGAUGUAUUGGACAUCGUGCUCUCUAGGAACGUCAACUACCCGAUAGUGGUAGAGGUGCUAUAA